UGCAAAGUAAGGGCCCAGGUUUGCGAUAAUCUGGUAGGCUCGUAUGGCACAUCACUUUGCGACUUCUGUACACAAGAUUAGUCAUAACUUACACGUAAAUAAACGUCAGCAGUCCACCUGGGAAUUUUAAAUAAACUGAUGUUAUUGUUAAUUUAGGCUUAUUAUACAUUUAUUAUGGAUAAAAAUAGUUAGAUUGCUUAGCGGCCGGCACACGGAAAUGUGCAAUACAGACAGUCAUCCGAAUAAAUAGUAAUUACACUUCGUGAAUGAAUUGUAAAGUGCAGUUUAUUUAAAGAAGAGCUGUGCAGCGGUGGGCCUAGUGAUGGUUUUGCAAUGCAGGCGGCAGUGCGAUACGCCGGUCGGGCCGCGCUGCCAGCGACUCGCCGCCGCCGCCUCAGUCACACGGCAGCCCCCGCGCCGGCACACGUGUCAAUGUGCCACAUUCCACUACCAGUGCCUACACUUGCUCAUUUAUCCAAUAGUUUACGCUACGCACAGCGACCAAUACCCCGCAGAAGUUGUUGACACAGACGGCGCCUCAGUGCAUUAAACUCCCGGCGUGGAGGUACCUUGCCUACUCUAUAGUUUGGCGACCUGCUUAUGGCUUACAGAAUGGCGAAAACUCGCAGCCGGUCGUCAAAGAUUCUCAUCAGUGGGCUCCCGCUGCAUGUUCGGUUUGACAACAUCGAGCCGCUGCUGUCUGCGUACGGCAACGUGCAGCACUGCGACAAGGUGACCUCGCGCGACCCCAACGCGCAGGCCGUGCACAUCACGUUCGAGAGCCCCGAGCAGGCGCAGCUGGCUGUGAACGGACUGAACGGAUGCGAGCUGGAGGGCAGCCGGCUGAAGGUGGAGGCGGUGGAGCAGACGGCGCGCGGCGGGCGGCGCGGGCGGCCCGGCGGCGGCCGCGGCGGCGGGGCGGCGGGCGCGCGCCCCACGGACUUCCCGCUGCGCCUGCUGGUGCAGUCGGACAUGGUGGGCGCCAUCAUCGGCCGCCAGGGCUCCACCAUCCGCCUCAUCACGCAGCAAAGCCGCGCGCGCGUCGACGUGCACCGCAAGGACAACGUGGGCUCGCUCGAGAAGGCCAUCACCAUCUACGGCAACCCCGAGAACUGCACCAACGCGUGCAAGCGCAUCCUCGAGGUCAUGCAGCAGGAGGCCACCAACACCAACAAGGGUGAUGAAUCGUCUUCCAGUGAAAUCUGCCUGAAGAUCCUCGCUCACAACAACCUGAUCGGCCGCAUCAUCGGCAAGAGCGGCAACACCAUCAAGAGAAUCAUGCAGGAGACCGACACCAAGAUCACGGUCUCGUCCAUCAACGACAUCAGCAGCUUCAACCUGGAGCGCAUCAUCACCGUGAAGGGCUCCAUCGAGAACAUGGCCAAGGCAGAGUCUAUGAUCUCCGCCAAGCUCCGCCAGAGCUACGAAAAUGAUUUGCAGGUGCUGGCGCCUCAGAGCAUAAUGUUCCCGGGGCUGCACCCGAUGGCGAUGAUGUCUACAGGUCGCGGGUUCUGCGGCGCGCCGCCGCCCUUCCCGCCGCCGAUGUACGCGCCGCUGCCGGGCCAGGGCGCGCAGCAGGGCGCCGGCGACUCGCAGGAGACCACCUACCUCUACAUCCCCAACAACGCCGUGGGCGCCAUCAUCGGCACCAAGGGCUCGCACAUCCGCAACAUCAUCCGGUUUAGCAACGCGUCCGUGAAGAUCGCGCCGCUGGAGCAGGACAAGCCGUCGCCGCCGCCCGCGCCCGCCGGCGCCGAGGGCCCCGGCGCGCAGCUCGAGCGCAAGGUCACCAUCGUGGGCAGCCCCGAGGCGCAGUGGAAGGCGCAGUACCUCAUCUUCGAGAAGAUGCGCGAGGAGGGCUUCAUGUCGGGCUCGGACGACGUGCGGCUCACGGUGGAGAUCGUGGUGCCGUCGUCGCAGGUGGGCCGCAUCAUCGGCAAGGGCGGCCAGAACGUGCGCGAGCUGCAGCGCGUCACCGGCUCGCUCAUCAAGCUGCCCGAGCAGCCGCAGCCGCCCGGCUCGCCGCCGCACGACGCCGACACCACCGUGCACAUCGUCGGGCCCUUCUACAGCGUGCAGUCUGCGCAGCGCCGCAUCCGCGCGAUGGUGGCCCAGGCGAACGCGCCGGGCCGCCACCGCCGCGCCGCGCCGCCCGCCCCGGCGCCGCAGUAAGCCUCCACACCACCCCUCUACAUGUCACCCCCCCCCCCUCGCCCCUACCCCCUGCUGUCGUCGCCCCAGCGGCAUCUCUGCGUCCAAAUGUUGUUGUUGACAUUAUUAUAUUAUCGUAGUGAAUUGUAAUUAAUAUUGAUAAAUCCAUAUUUUAUCCCGUAAUUAUCUAUGUUGAGGAUUCAUAUUUAAUAUAUAUUAUUCAUAUACACUAUUUUUUUUAAACGAUAGUGCCAGUUUUAAUGAAUGUAAUGCCGAAUAUAUUUUAAUUGUUAAUAUUGUUUUCAAGCCAUGUUAAAUAUGCUGCAUAGUAAAGAGUUGUCAUAGAUUGCAAUAGUGUCAGUUCUCUAUACACAUGUUGAAACCAUAGAUCUAGUACCAUAACUAUUACAUAUAAACAGAAGUUCAUAUUUUGUUUUGUUAUCAAAUAAUAGAAUAAUCUGUUAAAGUCACUACAUUAUACUGUUAUAUUAUUUAAAAGGGUGUGUGGGAUUAAGAGCUGGGAUCGGAUAAGAGCUUGAACCGUUAAUGUAACCAAGGAGGCUCAAUGGACAAACGAAUGCUUCGCGAGUAAAUAUUCCUUUAUAUGAUACAUACAAUUUCCGCUUACAUGGUGUUGAAGUGUGUACCUGGGUGUGAGAAGGCAGUGCCUCGGGCGCGAGAUCCAAAGAGAAUGUGUCGGCCGCGCAGACGCGAGCGCGGCCGAGCCAACGACACGGAAAUGAUAGUCCACCUUCGAUGGAUGUAAUUAUUUUUGAUAUAAUAGUAAUUAUUGGGGAGUAAGGAGAGUAAACAAAUAACGUUUUUAAUUUGUAAGUGAGAUUUGUUGAUCGUUUUCUUUGUAAUUUUGUCUUUGUUAGCUUUAUAAUGUUUUCUUGUAUGGCAAGUGUAAUCGCAAGUUGAGUGGCGAUGCCGUAGCGUACGAGUGUUGGUUGAAUCGAGCGAGAUGCGUUUAUUAUUCAAUGUGAUUUGCGUUGUAAUUGUGCCAAGUGAGAUAUUUUAAAUAUGAGAGAUUAAGAUUAAGUGGAUAAUAUCAAAAUUAUGAAACUUAGAUAUUUAUGUAUAUUUAUAUAUAAUUGUGAUAAUAUAUGGAAGUUUUGGCUAGGAAUGUUUACAUUCUUCUAUGAAUUUUUCUCGAGUUUUAGUUAAAAACAUUCGAAAGGGUAGCUUGUGAUAAACGGCUGUUAGUACUGCAUUUUCCGUCUACUACUGCUAAUUAGAGUAAAUUUAUCUCUAUUCGAUCACUUUUUGAUCUUAGAAUGCCGUUAUCUAUAGCGAGCAUUUAUCCAAUACUUUAUUCCAAAUAAGAUCUUCUAAAUUUCAUUCCAACAAGCUUCAUCCGUCUGGAUCUCACAACUCACGCAAGUGGUUUUUCCAUCUUUGUUUUAUCUUGAGGCCGCAACUUCCGCUGUAUAAUGCUUCCAAAUAUUAUUUUAAAUAAUCUGUAAUCUCGCAUUUGGCAUACCCCGGAAGGGUACGGUAAUAUUACGGAUCGUUCAGAGUAAUAUACUUUUUUAACACCGUAAUAUGCUGUACUUCUUUGGGAUGUUACUUAGGUAGAGAAAUGUGAACGAUCCAUAGAAAUGAACAAAACUAUAGUAACGAAUACAACACACCUCACGGCUCACUGUGGGCCCAGCCCGCAGCUUACUAUUGAAUAAUUACACUACAUAGUGGCUAUUAAGAGAUUCUCCAACGCCAUACGAACAUAACAUUGCGAAGUCGGCCCUAGAGGGUAUAUUUUUAAGAUAUAGAAGGAACUGCAUCCGUUAACUACACAUAGAUAUUUAAAUAGGCCUGCCCCAUGUGUCUCACUGGGCGGCCGGCCGAUGUACUUAGCUGUGCAGUUCUCUACGGCACGCUACGGACACUCACGUAUUGAAUCAGCUCCCGUUCAAUAUUGACGAUUAUUGGCUUACAGAUUCAUUCCACCAGAUCAACACUGAUUUUGCCACCUUUGGUUUAUUGUGAAACAUUACCUACGAACGCCAUUUAUACCUACUAAAUUGGAUUUGUCAAAAUUAUGAGCAUAGAUAUCAAAACUUAACGUAUUUAUAAUGUGUUUUUCAUAUUUUGUCAAUUGGUAUAGUAUUGGUGGAGAUAUUUAUAUGUAUAUGACGAUGUUUUAAAUUAGUAAUUAGGGACUAACCCUUGAGUGUGAGUUAAAUCGUAACGAAACAAUUCAAAUUUGUACAAUGAUUAUUGUGUAGUUAAAUGGAAGAUAACAUAUUUAUUACGUUCCCCAUCACUUUCGAUGGCGGUGACCAUGUUGAUAUUAGUCGUCUACAUCUGACUGUUCUAACAUAGCUACCUUCUAAACGUACCUACAUUAUUAUAAUUAUUGUGUGUAUAUUUAUUAUUGGCAUGGCGCUGAAAGGCCGUAUCUAUAUUAUCUGUUAAAAGAAAGUACUUAGUAGAUCAAUUUAUUGUGUGUGAAUCGGUAAUGUUUCAAACUGUUUAAAAUUAAAUUUUCAUAUAAAAUUGUAGUGGUAAGAUAAGUCGACGACAGGCGUUGCGACCGGUCGCCGGAGUGUGGCGGCCGGUGGCGCGACCGUGCGCCGGGUAGGCAAGCCCUUGCCUACCCGGUGCACGGUCCACCCUGCACCCAUUCGCGGAAACAUGAGACAAGACAGAAAUAAUCGUCACCAGCCAUCACACUUAAUGUUUAAUUCUGAAGAUGCAUUUUUAGAUUGUAAGAAAUGAUGAUUGUAGCCCAGUGCCGCACCAUUGUCUCCUGUCUCGUGCUUCCGUGACUGAUCUUUGUGUUGUGUCGGCUGCCGUGUCGUUACACGAGCUAUGGCGCAUCUUACCGUGUCAUCUGGUUUUAAGGCAUGUUACAGUAGUAAAAAACAAUCCAACCACCAUCUUGACUUGUUAAAAUAACUGGAAUGUAGUAUUACUUUAAUAGUAUACUUUCUAUAGCAAGCAACAUAAGCGGAGUCGGUGCUAUUUUUGUGGCACUGUCCCGGCAGAGCCGAGCACAGGCGGGCGUGUCUGCUGCUGACUUCCGAAAUACUUCACCUCCACAACCUAAUGUACCUUGCGAUGGAACCUUAGUUGAUAAGUUUAUAAAGAUGUGGCUAGUUGUCCGCAUCAUACCAAAUAUGUAUAGGUUUACACUAGGUUAUUUUGUCAACCUUUAGGUUAGAUUAGGUUAGACUAUUACAAAUACCUGAGAAUACCUUGAGACAACACCACAGCAACAUGACAUUUCGGAGUCAGCGCGUACAUUGCAGUGCGAGCCGACACGGCCGCCGCUCGCGACACCCGACCCAACCGGCGUUUGAACUAUGUUGUAAACACAGUAUCUUAAUGUAAAGUUACAUUGAAAAUACAUAGUUAUACGUUAAAGGUUAUUGAGGUUUAUGUAUUAAAAUGAUAUACGUUGACGUAUCUUCGUAUUAAAGUAGGUUAAACUAUGUGUAUUUGUUUAUUGGUAGUUACUGGAUAUGAGAUAUUGGCUUGUUACGUGUUACCAGUGUGGCGAGUGGACGCGACAUACAAUAGCAAUAGCCCAGCAGUGCCCGGCACUCGGGGCCGCGCCGCCCGCAUUGUACCUGACCCGCGAGGGCGGCCGGCUCCGCCACUUCCACCACCAACUGCUGUCUUUAUGGAGUAUUCUAGACAGCUUUCUGGCUGCGACAGGAAAAUGUACAUAUAGAGGCAUGUUGUUUAUUCCUUCCAAAUAUAAGAAAGAGGGUACAUUUUGAUUUGUAAUGUGUUAGGAAUGCAGAAAUAGUUUUAGUUGAUUAGUUUACUUGUAUCGUUGUGGAGUAGUGUUAAGUUCCGGUGACACGGGGGCCGGCGGCCCGCGACUGACUACACCCCGCCGCCGCGCCUCGGUGCCAUUACUUACUUACAUGUCAUUUUCGCUUCACUAUCAUUCUUCUUUGAUAGUUAUACUGUUAAUUAUUUACAUUUAUAUUACUUUCUCAUAAUGUGUGUAACCGCUAAUUUGUGUAUAUGGUGUGUGAUCGACUAAAUUUUAUCGAUUUAAUUUUUGCAUGAAUGUAUUUUAAAAAUAGUAAUAGUUAAUGUGGAUCAUUCUUGGUGGAAUGUGCAUUUUAACGAUUCAAUGUUGUUUUACGAAAAUGCAAGCACACAUUACAUGUCGGUAAUUUUAUCGGAUUCACUUUUGAUUUUAUGAUGUCGGAGCUGAAUGUUGUAGCUCCGUGUUUUAAAUUUGUACACCCACUAUGUGCGCCCUCCGAUAACUGUAGUCCAUCUUUCAUAUGUAAAAUGUAAGUGCAGUCGAAUAGUAAAUAUUGUGAACCUGCACACGGACCGACCACUGCCCACUGACCCCGGCGGGGAACAGCGAUGAGUCAUCAUGAGACACUUUUUAUAGUUUUAAGUUUAACAUGUGCCCUAUUUUGUUGUACAUUAGUACGUAUGUUAUAUUUAUCUCUGUGGGCAGCUGGGUUGCGUAUGUGCAGGUGACGGAUGCCAUCAGCAGGCGCGGGCGCGGGCGCCAGGGCGGUCGGGCUUGAGCUUCUCAAUCACUAUUUGCAUGUCAGAUGAUCUGACAAUAUCCAUAAUUCGACUCCAUUCCAAGAGGUCGCAUCCUCCACAUUUGAUGUUGUUGUCUACCGCCCGCCGGCCCCGCCAGCCCGCUCAUACGCACCUAUUAAUCAAAAGUAAAUUGAUGGUAAAGCUUAUUAUUGUUGCUUCACAAACAACAUAUUAGCUACAAUGUACCAAGUUAAAUAGUUACUAUUCAGGCUGGACGUUACACUAUGAUAGAUUCGACGACAUUAUUUCUUUGAUUUUUUUACUGUUAUUUUUAGAAGCAUUUUAUAAUUGGUAUAAGUUCUGAAACUAAUAACUACCUCAAUACUACUAAAUGAAUAUGAUAAUUAUCUUUGUGCAUGUUUUUGGAAACUGAAUUUUAAAAGAUACGAAUAAAAUUUCAAUAUUGUAUAAGAAUGCUAUUUUAAACAUAGUAAAGGAAUGUCAAAAUUUGGUUUCUUAUAUCGUAAUAAACUAAAGAAAUUAAAA